UAAAAUUUUAUUGUUGCUCUCAAUCGUCAUAACCUAUGUCGCAUUCACAAAAACUUGAAAUAUUUUCUAAGGAAAAUAUUUUUGAGCACUUGUAUAUAUUCUUAUAUUUUAAUUAGUCAUCCGCACGUUUGCUAAAAUAACCAUAUAUUUUUGUAUUCCAACAUAUGCUGAGUUAAUUCACUAUCGUGUAUUUCAAAAAUAUAUAAUUAUUGGCGCGCAACUUUAUUAUUGACUAUUUACAAAACAGUGAACAAAAUGGAGGCAAGAAAAUCUUCGAGGUUAGCAGAAAAAAUUGUAAAUGAAUCGAAACAACCAGAGAAGAAGAAAAUUUGUCCUGCUGCUAAAAGUAAAGCUUGUGAAAAUAAAAAUAACCAACAAUCAACGAUGCGGACUGCGGUGAGAAAUACCAAAAAAAAUAAUACUAAUAAUAUUAAUAUUAAUAAUAAUAAUAAUAAUAAUAAUAAUAAUAAUAAUAAUAAUAACAACAACAAAAUGCGUGGUAUACAUCAGCCAAUGACGCAAAGCAUGGAAUACUUGUUCAAAAUACCUCCAGCACUAAUUAGUCAUCCAGUUCAUCCGGAUGUUAGGUUAAAAAAGCUGCCAUUUUAUACAGAACUCGGUGAAUUAAUAAAACCGACAAAUUUAUUGACGUCUUUUACUACAAUUAAUACUCAGGCACAAAAUAGGUUACAUUUUUAUUUGACGCCUCAGCAGGCUGAUGAUAUGGCGAAUUCGCGGGACCGUAAUCCGGAAAAUGGUAAAAUGAGAUUUACAGUUCAAGUACAGAUACGGUUUUGUUUGCAAGGAAGUUCAGAUGAACAAGAAGACUGCAUACCCAUGGGUGUUACAAUAAAAGUUAACGAUAGAUAUUGUCCUGUACCAGUCGCGAAACCAGUUCCUGGAGCGAAGGCACCAAAAAAACAACCGCACAAGCCGGUGGACAUAAGCGCGUACGUUAGAAUAUCACCGGUAGUUGAAAACAAAAUUCAAAUCACAUGUCCGACUGACAUGUUCGGUAAAGAAUACGCAGUAGGUGUCUACCUUGUGCGGAAAUUGUCCAGCUAUGAAGUCUUGAAUCAAAUGAAAGCCAGAGGUAUCAGACAUCCUGACUGUACUCGGGGGUUAAUAAAAGAAAAAUUGAAUGAAGAUGCGGACAGCGAAAUCGCGACGACUUCUCUAAGAGUGUCGCUUGCGUGUCCUCUGGGAAAAAUGAGAAUGUCUACACCCUGCAGGUCAUCAACUUGCACGCACUUGCAGUGCUUUGAUGCGGGAACAUAUUUGCAAAUGAACGAACUAAAACCCACGUGGAUUUGUCCAGUUUGCAAUAAAUCUGCGCAAUAUGAAUGUUUGGUUAUUGAUGGAUAUUUUAUGAGUGUUUUACUGUCCAAUGAAUUGCUGCCGGAUGUUAAUGAAAUCCAGUUAUUACCGGACGGGUCAUGGAGGAAUUUGGUGCCGAAGAAAGAUCAAGAAGACAUUGAACGGAAAUGUGAGCCUGUGUACCAGCUUCAGAUAAAAGUCACUAAGGCACCUGAUGAUUUUGUUGAUGACAAGACGAAAGUUGGGUUGGAAGAGAAAAAAAUUGAUCUAGUUGAUUUAAUUUCAAGUGAUGAAGAGGAUGCUGAGAAAGAGGAAAUUAAUAGUGUAGCUGCUAAGUGCAAAAGAAAAUUAAGUUCUGAGAACAAAAACAGGAGCUGCGGGGAUUGGAAUUCUGAAAUUAUAAUCAUUGAUUUAGAUUAAAAUAAUUCUGUUAUUUAUAUCUACACUUGAUAAAUUUAAAUUUGUAAAAUAUAUUUCUGACUUAGAAAUUUUUUUUACAAACAUUUAAUAUAAUUUUUUUAAAUUAAUUUUUUCAUGUACAUUAUAAAAUUUGCAUCUAAUUACAUUUAUAAUAAUAAGUUUGAUUACUAACUACUGUGUGAUUAAAAAUAAUUGUAAUAAUAAUUUAAUGAAAUCUAAUCUGGCGGUAAAUAAAAAAAUUUAUAUCGGAUUUGAAUCUUGUUAAAAAAAUUUGAUAUACUUUUUGUGAGAAAUUAGGACAGUUCUCGUCAUGUGAGAGCAGUAAAGAUUUUUUUGUAUUAUAAUUAACUUUUUUAUGCCUGUUUAAUAAUAAAUAUAUACAAUGUUGUGAUAAAAAUUAUUUAUAUUAUUUGACAAUUAUUAAUUUUUUUAGUAUUUU